GUGCUGAAAUGGCCAACGCGAACAAGUGUUUGUCCAACAGCUCGUCCAUAAAGACCUUCCCACAAACGCCAACCAACGAGCACCGCAGACCAUGAUGUCUGCUCUCGCCACGGAAAAGCGAAAUGCAUCGCGCUUUGCCCACAACACAUUCAGCGCUGCGCGCAAAGGCGACCUCAAAACGCUCCUUUCUCCCGCUCGCGUCGUACGUCUACUCUUCGACGCGUUCUACGUCUUGGUCGAGCUGGUCAUCAUAUGGCUCUUCAAACCGGUGAACAGUACCCCCGAGAACUUUAAACCUCGGGGCAGAAUUGCCGUCUUAGGCGCAGGGCUCACAGGCGUAUCGAGUGCAGCACACGCAAUCGCACACGGGUUCGACGUAGUCAUCUAUGAGCAGAGCGAUUCGACAGGUACGUGCGCUACUGCUUGGGCUCCCCAAAAGCUGACAUCCUCUCGACCACUUGCAGGCGGCAUUUGGGCGCACGUCAACGCCACCUCCGGCCUCCAGCUCAACUCGCUCCUCUACCGCUUCCACCCGGCGUACUCUGGAGCGGCACCUUUCCCAGACGCGACGAGAUUCUGUCAGAUCCGUAGAAUAUGGAAAGAGUACCACCUCGAGUCCCGCACACGCUACAACACCCGCGUCACGUCCGUCCGACGCGCGACACCCGAGGAGCUAGACGGGGUCCAAGAAGACGAGCUCGACCCGUAUCAACAAGGCCACGCACGCUGGAUUGUGAACGACGGCGCGGACGGCGUGUUCGACGCCGUCGUCGUGACCGUGGGGACGUGCGGCGAGCCGCAGUGGGUCAAAUUCCCGGGGAUGCCGGACAUGGAGGAGAUCAAGGCGCGGCGGGCGCACAGCCAGGAAGAGGCGCGCACCCUAGAGGGCGCCGCACAAGACAAGGGAGAUGAUGACGAGAGCAAGACGGACUCGGGCACGGACGGCGACUCUGAGGAGAGGAAACACACCCAGAAGAUCAAGGACGAGGACGAGGCUGAAGGAAAGGGCGAGAGUAAUGGGGGCGGUGACGGCGACGAAGAAACGUUCGCGGGCACGCUGCUGCACUCGUCGGAGCUCGACGACGCGCGGCUCGCGGGCAAGCGCGUCGUGGUGAUCGGCAGCGGUGCCAGUGGCGUGGAGGCGGUGGAGGCGGCACUGACGCGGGGCGCGCAGGACUGCGUGAUUGUCGCGCGCCAGGACAAGUGGAUCAUCCCGAGGAACAUGAUCAUCGACACGUUGAUCUCGGCACAGCCGUUUGGGCGCGAAAUGCCGCUGAGUUUCCUCUGGGAAAAGUUCAUUACCAUCUGGAACUACCACGGAAUCGAGCACCUGACGCCUGCCCAGCUCGGAUUGUUCCAGGGCACUCCGGUCGUCAAUGACGAGUUCUUGAACCAUAUACGUGCAGGACGAUGCCGGUACAUUCGUGGGGACACGCAAGGCUUGACCCGCGGUGGAGUCAAGGUCAGCGUGCGCGGGCGGUCGUCGAAGCCGGGGGACGAAGGGAAGGAGGAAGAAUUCCCGGCGGACGUGGUCGUCCUCGCUACGGGCUUCAAGAAGCCGGACGUCGGGUUUCUGCCGGAGGACUUGUUCCCUGACACGUAUGAUCGGCCGAAUUUGUACCUCCAGAACUUCGCGACGGAGGACUGGUCGGUGUUGUUGACGAACUCUUCGUAUGUGAAUGCGAUUGAUAUGCGUAUCCUCCUGACGUUCUUGAUGGACAAGGACGCGCGCCCGGCCCCGAAAGACAUGAAGCUCUGGGUGGACGUCCUCCGGUUCGUCAAGCGCGGCGCGCGGGGAGGCGCGCUUGGGUUCUUCACUUACAUGGAGCUCACGAUUUGGGUCCUUCUCUUCCACGUUUUACGGCUGGAUAGGCUGAAGUGGAUAUUCUUCAUCAUGCAAGGCUGGGGUGUCCAUCCAGAACCUGUUGAACCGACGAAGGAAGAGACCGACGCGCAGGCGGUCAAAGAGAGUGGAGCGCCGAUCUCGGCCAAUGGUCUCGUGCGGGAUUGGGUGAAGGAGGACUAGCGCAACGCGGCUGUGAAGUUUCCCCGAUGUAACUUCUAGAUACAGCCUGUAUCUAGAAAUUAGGACUCUGAAGGCUGCGGUCAAUAUUCCACGGUCACCGUGAGGCGAAGCUUGAUAAUAGUGGUUUUGCAGUGGGUCUGAGGUUGACGUUGGACUGGCGAGUCGUUGCCCGGUGAACGGUUGUUCCCGUUGUCUUUUCCAAUCUCGGCCGAAGGAACUAUGUCAUCAUACGGGUGACUACUGAUUUACUUCCACACGGUACUUGGACCAGGGGUUGCAUGUCCGGUGAGUAUUGUCCGUGA